AGUAACAAUACAACCUUUGUUAUUGCUAAAAACAACUGGUGUCUUAAAGUUAUUCAUAAACUUUUAAAAUGACCGGCUUAAAUGGAAAAUAUGAAAUUAUUAAAGACGAAAAUGUCAUGGAAUAUUACAAAGCUGUUGGCAUACCUGAUGCAUUCAUUGAUAAAGUCGGAACAUCACCACCAUCUUUAGAAAUUACUAUUAGUGGUAAUUCUGUAAAUAUAAAAGAUAUCAAAGAUACUACUGUUGAACUUGGUAAGGAAUUCGAAGAUAAAACACCAAUGGGAGGUGUAGCCAAGUGUGUUGCUACUUUGGAAGGAAACAAAUUAACAAUUACUAGGAUACAUGAUGGCAAAAAAGGUGGACACUCAUACGAACAAAACGAUGAAGGAAUUGUAGUCACCCUAACAUUUGAAGGAAGCCCAGUCAUUUGCAAAAGAUACUACAAAAGAGUUUAAAUUUCUUAUAAAGUCUAACUUAAAAAUAU